AUGGCGGAGGACAACAUCAAAGCACGUCUUUUGCAGAAAACAGAGCGUGCUGCCAAGAUUCUGAAGGCUGAAGCUGCAAACGGUUUAGCGGAGCGAAUGUGCCUCACGGAAUUUUGGCUUGGAAAUCGCGGAUCAAGUACGCGAUUCGAUCAAAGGAGAAGCUCCGGUUCAAACUUAAUUGGCGAAACUACUUCCACACAUGACGAAGAAGAGAACGAUGAAAAUGACGAUAAUUUUUACCACGAGCGGGGUGGAAUGCAAAAUACACGCGCCCAAACGUCAUGCCCGCUGUAUAUUGCACGACACGUCGGACAUAUCCGUUAA